GGCAUUACUGUUCUGUUACUGUUAUCUGCGCACUACGUUUUCUCUCUGUGGCGUCUGUUUCUUUUACAGUUUAAGUUGCUGUCUCUUGCACAAACGUUUUAUAUUAUAUUAAUUCUUUUCAUAUAUUGAAAGAGGUGUAGCUUUGCCCUCCCGUUCUCAAUCAGAAAAUGCAAAGAUUUGGUGACUAUCAUCAGGACAGUGAGGAGAACACAGAACAGAAGAUGGAUGAUCAAGUGCCUUCGGCAUUCGAGAUAGGUGGUGGUUAUGUGCCACCUAGUUACCAGACGUCAGGUAACCAGAACUCGGAGCAUGGCCCUGCUGCUGCACAGACUCUACGUGCUAUCAUGCAUGGAAAGGAAGUGGGAGUUAUCAUAGGAAAGAAAGGAGAAAAUGUCAAAGCAAUAAGAGAAGAAAGUGGAGCAAAAGUUAACAUUUCUGACAGCUCAUGUCCAGAGCGUAUCGUGACGGUUACAGGCCACACGGAUGCCAUCUACAAGGCAUUCGCACUUAUCUGCAAAAAAUUUGAAGAAGCUGAUUUUAACAAGACAUUGGGGAAUGCUCCCAAGCCACCAGUGACAUUAAAAUUAAUUGUGCCUGCAAGUCAAUGCGGAUCUAUCAUUGGAAAAGGCGGCGUGAAAAUCAGAGAGAUAAGAGAGGUGACUGGUGCGUCAGUCCAAGUAGCGAGCGAGAUGCUGCCUGGUUCCACUGAGCGGACAGUUACAAUAUCUGGAACGGCUGAGUCGAUCACACAAGCUGUCUACCACAUAUGCUGUGUCAUGCUUGAGUCGCCCCCUAAAGGAGCCACAAUUCCAUACCGGCCAUCUCCAGGUGGACCUAGAGCUGGUGGAAUGAACCCGCUGAUGGGGGGAGGAGGAGGAGGAGGCGGCAUGAUGAACAUGGGACGAGGAAUGGGAGGAGGCGGUGGUGGAGGAGGCGGAGAUUCCUCAGACAUGAGCAUGGAGCUUGUGAAGCUGCAGCAGCUUCAGCAGCUGGCCCAGUUGACACAGCUCCUGCAGAGUAGCGGCGGUGGAGCAGCCAUGGGUGGUGGAGCAGCCAUGGGCGGUGGAAAUCCCCUGCAAAGUCUCCUAUUGGCUCUGAGUCAGGGAGGAGGCGGAGGCGGAGGUGCUGGCAAUGGGGGAAUGGGUGGUGGAGGUGGGAUGGGCGGUGGAAUGGGUGGCCCAUCAGGAGGCGGUGCAGCCGGGGGUGGCCCCAAGGAGGACGACGAGACACAGGAGAUCACAAUUCCCAAUGAGGUUGUUGGACGUGUGAUCGGCAGAGGUGGCCAGAAGAUCAAUGAAAUUCGGCAACUUUCUGGAGCGCAGAUCAGAAUAGCGCCGAAAGAAGACGGCCAAACUGAGCGCCCCAUCACCAUCACUGGAACAAGUCAGCAGAUCCAGAUGGCCGAAUAUCUCAUCAAUACGUGUGUUGAGCAAGAUAAAGCCGGCCAGCCAGACACAAGCGCUACGAACAUGCUACUGAAUGCAAUGGGUGGACGAGGUGGAGGGGGUGGAGGCAUGGGCGGCAAUCCUCUCGCAGCUUUUCUGAGUAGCAUGGGUGGUGGCGGCGGCGGCGGCGGCGGAUUCGGAGGGCUCGGUGGUGGCUCCCUGCUUGACCUGAUGGGACAGCGGAGCCUGCAGACGAAGAUGCGCGGUGCUGACACAGACGGAAAGAAGUCGGAGAGACAGAAGUUUGCACCAUACUAGCAGUGACAGCAGCGGCUCUGCAUUUAGUGCACAGCUUUAUUGGCCUGCCAGGUCUACUACGCAUUCCAUACUGUCUCGAAAGUGUCAUGUCAACCAAUCGAUUUAGGAACAUGCUUCGGGCACUGCUGGGAUUUGAGGCGUGGUAGUGGCAGUGGUGUAGGUGUGUGUCGUGUUCAUGGUGUCAACGUUUUGAUGUAUGUAGAGUAAGUGUGAAUGUAAUGGAGUGAACAGGGCGUAUGCAUUAGGAGUAAAGACAGCCAAGAAUGAAAAUUUAUUGUACCACCCACAUUUGAAAUGUCAUUAUCUGUCAAUUACCACUGUUAGUUAGUGUCAUGUUUGUCACCUAGUACCUAUAUAUGUGUAAAAACCAGUAAACCAGUAACUGGUCUUCCCAGCUUAAAGCCAAGGAAGAUGACAAAUUGCAUAUAAAGAGUAGGCGGUUGAAGUUCAUAGCCAGGUGUGUACUCUAAUAUCUUUGAUUUUGUAGUGUGCACCGAAGUUUAGUAUUGGUUUUAAAAAAAUUUGACGUAUUGCACAUACUAAUGAGCAUAGUUGCUGUGAACUAUUUGAAAUCAUAUUAAAUGUUUCCCAAGCUAGGAAGUGGGUGGUAGCUGGUAAUGCCUUUCGGAUAAUGAUUUUGGCGCAAGAAAAGUGAAUACAAAUGACUCGUAAUCAUUUUAUUAGCUAGCAUCACUCGUGUGGACUGUUCUCAAAUGAAUGAAGUCCGUGAAUCUAUCUGGGUUGCUCCGCGCUGGGAGUAUGCGUAGAAAAUUGUCAGUUUGUGUGUAUGAUUUUAGAAGUGUUUCUAUCACUGAAGCAAAUAGCAAUGAGCAUUAUUUUUUUUUUAAGAAUAACGCAUUAGAACAGGAAAUCCAAACAGUUUGUUCAUGCACCUAUAUGGGUAAACUACUCCCGUGCCCAUUAUCCCGUGUGUUUGCGUGCAAUUCACAUGAGAAAAAUUGUGUAAUUAUUGCCAGAGUCACAUUUAUACGUCACUGAUGUGUGUGUAUUUCCACAAUUUAUUGUGUAUGCCUACGCGUUUGUAUUUACACUAUUAUUGUAAGUUGACGGUAUGAGCUACGUGGAGAUAUCUGUCCAUUGAAGAUGCGUUUAUCUUGUCGAUCAUCAGUGCUAAAUAGCACUUGGUGUUGACACUUGUCGUCGGUCACCGGUAGUUUUGGUUUCAUUUUCUAUGAUCAUUUCUUUUUUAGCCUGUUUGGUUUCAAUAAUAAGAUCAAUUAUGUUGAAGCUAACUUAUUGAGCUGUGGUCAGUGUGUUGACAGUUGGUGCGGAGUAGUGUUGUGUUGGGUCACAAGCGUACGUCUUUCUUCUGCUAGCUGCAAAUAUUGUUAUUAAAUUGCGCUCCUCCCUCUGCCGCUGGUGACGUGGAACAGGACAUUAUUGGAAACGACAUGAAACGUGAUUUUAUUUUAACGUGUAUAGUAUUUUGUAUAGAGAGUUACUCUUCGGGCGCCAAGGGUGGCCGCAAGUCUUCAACUACUACUCGUGUAUGGAUCAUAUUUACGAUACAUCCGAAUAAAUCAUGAGAAUACAAGUUUCAUUUACAGUCAA